GCGGAGUGUAGCUAUAGGUACGGAGAAGGUGGGAAGCGAAACGAGGCUGUGAGGCCGGUGCGGAGAGUCUUGAUAAGAGAUUUGUACUCAUCGAACCAAUAGUCAACUCCUCCUCCUAAAUUGCACACACAAACAUAGAGCUCAGUGAUCGCUUUGCGAAGAGCUGGAUACCUGUAAGAAAAGAACGUCUGUUUUGUAAUAACCAGUGCUGGACACGAACAAUUGUGCGUUUUUACGCAUUCCUUCCUUGCGUUUGUCAUUCUGUUAUAUUCGAUCGAUAUUCGUCGGUUUUGAAAUGUUUUGCGCCAGCAUCCACAAGCAGUAUUGAAAUUCGCUGUUGUGAACUCAAGAGUGGAGGCCAGGAUUCUCACCACUACAAUUCUACCGUGUUUUUAGUUGUUUUUUCUUUCUUUCUGUAUUGUCUCUUGGAAUCAUUUGUGCCUUGUCCAUUUUGGUCGUAAUGCAAGUUGAACGUUUCAGUAGUCCUUGAUCACUUUAAUUCGAUGACAGACUGAAAUUGGUGCAUUUUUGUGCAUCUUGAAAUCUGCAAGUUGAGCGCUGUUACUGGAUCCAGAGUUUACAUUGUGGUUUGCUGAUCUGAGGGAGACGCUUGCAAGUGUAGCCCUCCAGUCUCCACGAUGCUCUUCCACGGGCUCCCCGGAGGCGAGAUGCAGGGGGUCAUCGACGAGAUGGACCGGAGGGUGAAGGGCGAAUCUACCGCCAUCAGUUCGGCUAUAGACAUGGGGGAAACUGAGACGAGUAUGACGUCCAUCAACAGCGACCGUGUGGCCUUGUGCGCGGGAUGCGGGGGAAAGAUAUCUGACCGCUACUACUUGCUCGCGGUGGACAAACAGUGGCACAUGCGCUGUCUCAAGUGCUGCGAGUGCAAACUAAACCUCGAGUCCGAGCUUACCUGUUUCAGUAAAGACGGCAGCAUCUAUUGCAAAGAAGAUUACUACAGCAGGAGGUUUUCCGUCCAGAGGUGCGCCCGGUGCCACCUCGGGAUCUCGGCGUCGGAGAUGGUCAUGCGGGCGAGGGAUUUGGUCUAUCACUUGAACUGUUUCACCUGUACUAGCUGCAACAAAAUGCUCACGACCGGAGAUCACUUCGGAAUGCGGGACAGUCUUGUGUACUGCCGGCUCCACUUUGAGACACUCAUACAAGGGGAAUAUCAAGCGCAUUUCAAUCACGCGGGGGAUGUAGCCUCGGGCAAAGGACUUGGCGAGAGCGGCACGGGAAACUCGCUGGGGAUGCAGUAUUACAACGGCGUCGGUACGGGGCAGAAAGGAAGGCCGAGGAAAAGGAAAAGUCCCGGGCCUGGAGCAGAUCUGGCUGCUUAUAACGCAGCGUUAAGUUGUAACGAGAACGAUGGAGACCACCUGGACCGAGAUUCCCACUACUCCUCCAGCUCCAAGUCCAAGCGCAUGCGCACCUCCUUCAAACACCACCAACUGAGGACCAUGAAGUCCUACUUUGCCAUCAACCACAAUCCGGACGCCAAGGACCUGAAACAGUUGGCCCAGAAGACAGGUCUCACCAAACGGGUGCUGCAGGUUUGGUUCCAAAACGCCAGGGCCAAGUUUAGACGGAACCUACUACGUCAGGAGAGCACAGGGAUGGACAAGGUGUCGGACGGGUCCACUCUACCAGGGGGGUCGCCUUCGGGCCCCCACUCCGAGCUCUCCAACGCCUCAAUGAGUCCUUCCAGCACCCACACCACCCUCACGGACCUGACAAGCCCCUCUAUUCCGUCGGUUAACCCUCUACUGACCGCCGUGCCGGGGGGCAUGGACCCCCACGACUCCAUGAGUAUGAGUCCUUCCCAGACCACCCUUACCAGCCUCUUCUGAUGUUACCAACACCACCCCAUCCCAUCGCAGAACACCCUUACCAGCCUAUUCUGAUGUCACCGACCCCACCCCAUCACAGACCACCCUUACCAGCCUUUUCUGAUAUUACCUACCCCAUCCCAGACCACACUUACCAACCUCUUCUGAGGUCACCGAUCCCACACCACACCACCCCACCCCUCCCUAAACCCAUCCCACACCACACCACCCCACCCCUCCCUAAACCCAUCCAACACCACACCACCCCACCCCUCCCUAAACCCAUCCAACACCACCCCACCCCUCCCUAAACCCAUCCAACACCACACCAGGUCACUCAAAGACUAAGUGACUGAAGAGAGAGACACUUAAAUACAUGAUAUUCCCCGUGGACCUCAGAUUACUGCCCCGUCUAUUUCUAGUCUUUGUAUGAGUAGCAACUAAAGCCUUACAGAGCGGUCGGCUUGAUUUCAUCAAGAGCUGAAGAUACUUUUUCUGUUUUCAUCUUUGUUUCCUUUCCACGUUGGCUGACUGAUACUACGGAGAUGUAGAUUCUCACUCCACCACCCCGACCACUCUGUUUCUAGGUAGAGAUUUUUUUUAAAUAUAUAAAAAAAUAAAAAAGACAAUGGAAAAGGACUGUGAAACUGAAAAUGUAUUUGGAAAAAACAUUGGAGAGUGUAAAAUGCAGAUAUAAAGUACUGUAGCAAGGUUAUCCGGAAGACUCUAGCGUGCCUUAUAUAUUUUAUCACACUGAGGAAUCCCUGAUCGGAUAGAUGUCUGAUCUAGGUGGCAUAUUUCUUGAAAGAUUUGGUUGAAGGAUGGAUGACCCACCGACAAACCGCGUUUGCUUACAACAUGGCAAUGAAAGCAAUUCUACUUUACAAUUCACUCUGCACACAGUGAGGACUGAUCGAUGAAAUAGAAAUAGCAUUGAUGAGAAUUAGAAUUACAUUGAUAAAGUUAAUAUAAAGAUAUCAUGGUCAUUAUCUUUUAGACUCAGUCAUUGCUUGCAGUACACACCAGUAAUAGUUGGUUACAACUUUGAUAGUUUGUAACAAUAAACUGUCGUAUGCGGAAACGAGAUAUCAUGUAUAUUGAUAUCUGACUCGUUGCUUGAUGGAAUUGCAAUGAUACUAUUUACAGUCACCAUUUGAAUACACAACACAAGUAGCGACAACAUAUCUAACUAUUUUCCAGCAUCACACUGUUUGGUUUAUGAAUUGAUAGCUGUAACAUAUGGAUGAAGUUUUCAUAUUGAGAUAUUAUCGGUCUAUUUGAAUAUUGGCUCAUUCGUCACUACAUAAGAGUUUAUAUCAGUAUAGUGUACCAGAUACACUUCUACAGUAUAUUGUACCAAAUGCACUUCUACACAUCAAAGAGGGAGUCAUGCACACUCACAAGCGCACACACACACACACACACACACACACACACACACACACACACACACACACACACACACACACACACACACACACACGCACACACACACACACACACACACACACCGUACUUACCUCAGUCUGAAGGUCUUUCUAUGUUCUUACUGCUGAAACCCAGCACUCUGAUUUUGAUUCUCAAAGUCCCCACAAUGUAGGAUUAUCACAUAUAAGAAAUGUGCUCAGAACUGAGAUGCUUUAUGGGUACAUCUAACAAUGGCACCCCUAAUCUAAAGAAAUCUUAAAGACCACUUCUAAAUACUUAUUUGGAAUUGUCCGCACAAAACAUGGUUGAUUGAAAUUGUGCCCACAAAAUUGUUCCUUGUGUGGACCUGUCUGAAUAUUGGUGUUGGUACAGAGAAACUAAUCAGGGAUUUGUGUGGUUGGCAAAUAAACCAACUUUACCUGGGUCGUGUUCAUUCGGGACACACAGUAGCAAAACGUUUUGUAAUGGAAAACGGAAAUGAGAGUUUCUUAUUGGACAAAUUCACGUAGUACCUCCUCGUUUUGGACUGUUGUUUUCCUGUUUGGUGCCUACUAGAAGCUGGUAGGACUAGGAGUGUUUCUGAUAUGGAGAAUCAAGCUGCCUUCCUUUUGACUGUGACUACCUUUACUUAUGGAUGAGGAUGGUGCUCUUACCUUAUCUUUAUCCUUGUAUGCAUGGAGAGCUGCUGUUGGGAUUCAACAUCCCUUUAACUACACAGUCUUUAGUUUGUUUGUUUGUCCUUCCAUUCUUGUACAGUUGCCCCCUUUUGAUGUACUUAAGCCUUCAGUUCUUUCAAAACAUAAAAUGGUGGACAAAACUUGACCUAGUCUAUUGUUUUUCUGAAGUUACUACCUAUAGGAUAUCACACGCGCACACGCACUCACACACACACGAGGCAUGUGCACAGAUGUGAACCUAUAUGUUUUUAUUGUAUUUGCUGUGUAUAAAAGUAAGGAUUACUUGUGGUGUUCCACAAGGUUCUAUUUUCGGUUCGUUGGAGUCCGGUUGGAGGGCCACCUAGUCUUGAAGGAGAGAUUGAUAUCCGCACACUAUUGAAUGCCCCAGCUGUUUUGUUGCUGUGAGAGACCACAUUGUCUCAACAUUGUUGCAUGCCUUUUUCAAAUGACAUUUAAAAAUAAUGAAUCCCAUUUGGAUUAUAAUAUAAUUUGUGUCGUUUAGCAGAAACUCUUAUCCAGAGCUACCUUCAGCAUGAACAUUUGCAGGGAGUCUGAAUGACAGUACAAUUACUGAAUGCAUCUAUCUUUUCUGUCCAUAUAGUUUUUUAAAUACAGUGCUUCCACCCACACUAGGAAAUCAGCUUGCUGUGGCUGGCAGCUCGCCAGAAAAAUCUCACCAUAAAAUAGACGUUUCGUAGAGGGAGCCUUUCUCUUAUGAGUUUGAGCAAUAUGUCUUCAAUUUUCACAUGGCACCAGCGUCAUCCAGACCAGCUGAAUCAAAUUACUGAGGUCUGAAGAAUGUUCUCUUAAAAACGUAUUCAAAUAACUUUGGUAAAAUAAAUAUAAACUGAAGCUUUUAACGGUCAUAUGUUUUUUUCUCUUUAAUGGCCCUCUUGCUCGGUUUUUGGCCUGAAGUGAUCCUGUACAGAAAGAGGGGUAUUGAUCAAAAAGGAAGAGUGAGAACACAGGAAGUCUGCAGUUUUGAAGUUUUAAGGUAUUGUCAACAGCAAAAGGUCAAUAGUACAGGUAAUUGUUAAU